UUUAGAAAAAGUUGUCAUUUUUAUUCAUGUUAUUUAUGUGAAAGAAAUCAAAAUUAUAUUUUGUGGGCAAAGAAACCAAUUGUAACCACACAAAAAAAAAAAGAGGCAAAUGCUGUCGAGCUCUGUGUUAGGGAAUGCCUCAGUAGCAACAAGAAGAGAUGAAGUAUACGUAGCAGCAGUGGCGUUGAGAGCGACAAAAGGGCCAGCCCAGUUGCUCAUGUCCACUGCUUACUCUCUCAAUUUCUGGGAUUUGCAGCAUUUCAUGGUCAUCAUCAAUCCCACUUCCUCCUCUCAGGCUUUGGUCUAUGAUUUCCAACCUCAAGAUCCUGAAAGCAUAGCUGUUGCUGUUGCGGCUCUAUCUGGCAGAAAAGUAGAAGGAGUUGUUCGUACGAGGACUCUGAAGAAGCUUCCGACAAGGAAGUGCUGGUUUGCCGGCUACUCCGAGAGUGAUGCAAUAAAUGCGGCAAACAAAUUCAACCAAGGAUGGGAAACUGACUUGAGGAUAAACCAUCAUGACUGCCGAAACUAUGUAAAUGGACUAGUGGAAUAUCUCACUGGAACGAAAGCAGUGCUGGAGCACCUAAGAAGCAGCAGCGUAGGCAAGAGUUGAGAUGUCAUUACCCAGAAAGGACUGAAGCAGCAUACUACUAUAUGUCAUAGAUGUGUAGACUAAGUCAUCAAGUAAACCUUUUGACACUUUACCAGCCAAUAGAUAUUCUGCAAAUAUAUGCUCACAGGCUGUAUAUACUGUAAUCUGUAAAUCACUUCUAUUCUUUCUUACACAUUUCUUGAAUGAGUCUAGUCCUCAUAGUAACAUGAUAGUAAUUGUUCAAUUUGUUUUAUACUAACA